GGGCGGUCCAAGCUGUGGCCAUCACCUGACUCCGCUCCUCAUGACCAAUAUCGAGAAGACUGCCGUGUUGGUGUUUGCGGAGCGCAGCGAUGCUCAUUUAGCUCCUCCCACGAAUAAUUUUCUGAACUCGUUCUCCCCUCCUCAAGAAUAUCACAUGCAUCUUGCCUCCACCCAAUCCCAACCAAUUUCUUGCAUCAAAGCACACACAAGCAAAGCAUCAAGUACUAUGGAGAGCGUCAUGAAGACAUGCUUGACGAUAUGGCCAAGCUUUUCUCUCACAUCCUCUGUUGCAUCAACGACUCCUCCUUACCUGACCUGACCCUCGCCCUGACACCGAUCGCCGCAACCCGAGCACCUCUCAAGCCCCACUCCAUCUAUCUCUUCCUAUACAACCAUCAUCAAAGAAGAAGAUCUAGGCAUCCGUGCCUUUACUACCGCUGCACUUACUGUACUAAAGCCUUCUUACAAGUUCGCAGUCGAGGCCAUUCGGGGUUAAACUCGAAAGGCAGGUUCAACCUCUACCUUGCCCCUGCAGAUGGAUCAAUAUUACAGACUCGAAACAGGUACAACAGCCUCGGCUUCGCUCCCGAGGACAUCUCUCUUGUUCCUCCUCGCAAGUACACUAACAAGAGACUCUGUUGCGCUCGAUCUGGCGUUGGCACCCAUCCCCUAGGUAAGCAUCCUCCAUGCAGUGCUGAGCCCCUGCUAACCGUGCAGUGCCCCACCAAUAUUCUCUGCCAAGUUCGACCUAUCAAACGUCCAAUGCCUCCGACUUGAUCUCCCCCACCUGGACAAUGACAACGCUGCUCAAUGGAUCCACCAGAGCAUCCUCGAUCUGCCUAAGCGAUAUUGCAGCGGCCCCAUUUACCGCCACAGUACAAGUCGAGUGGAACAGGUUGUUCUUUCCAGGCAGAGCAGCGCAGAAGCCCAACCGCUGCCUCCCUCCAGACACCUUCCAAGUCUCGACAUCUUCUGCACUUCAACUUGCCUUCUAGCCUUGCCAACCAUCUUCGAUUUUGGUCAACCUAUUCUAACUCGCUCUUUGAACCAUCUGCAGGAAGAGUUUCAAGGCCUGCUUUGAACUACGCGGUCUGCCAGGAAGAUUUGCGC